CACAUGUACUUCCGGGACACGUCACCAGAGCCAGCGGCAGCAGCAGCUGUACUGUAGCUGGAGCCAUGGAGACUUUGUACAGUUUACCGUUUGCUGUGCUCGAAUGUCCGAACAUCAAGCUGAAGAAGCCGUCGUGGCUGCACAUGCCGUCGCCUAUGACCGUGUACGCCGUCGUUAUUGUGUCCUACUUUCUCAUCACGGGAGGUAUAAUCUAUGAUGUUAUAGUGGAGCCCCCCAGUGUGGGUUCUAUGACUGACGAGCACGGACACCAGCGUCCAGUCGCCUUUCUGGCUUACAGGGUGAAUGGACAGUACAUUAUGGAAGGACUGGCCUCCAGUUUCCUCUUCACCAUGGGAGGCCUGGGCUUUAUUAUCCUGGACCGCUCCAAUGCGCCAAACAUUCCCAAACUCAACCGCUUCCUGUUGCUGUUUAUCGGCUUCGUCAGCGUGCUGCUCAGCUUCUUCAUGGCCAGAGUGUUCAUGCGCAUGAAGCUGCCAGGAUACCUCAUGGGCUAAAGUCCCAGACAGAACACUUCAACAUGUAGAUCUGAACAUAAAGAAGAACAAGUGGCUCAACAAAAAGAGAUUUAGUAAAAUUAGCAACAGUAAAGACUGAAAACACUGACCUUGCUCAAGAAAUUAGACCCAGCUGAUGUUUUUUUUUUUUGUAAAGGAAUCAUUGAACCGCUCACAGUUGCAUUUUUGUACAACCUUGUGGAAUAAAUCUUCAUUUCCAGAA